UUUUGUUUUCGUAUUUAGCUUCGUGAUUCAAAAUCCAAUCCAUAGAAAGAUUGGCGAAUGAUUUAUUUUAAUGUAUUAAUCAUCGGGUUUAUAUAUUGUAAAUAGUUGAAGUUGAUCAUAGCCGGGCAUAUUAAUUUUGUACACCGGCAGAUGACAAGUAAUUGGUUAUCGGCGGGCAAUUUAAAAAGAUUACAUUUAAUUAUAUUUACCGGGAAACACAUAAAAUGUACCUAGGAAGGGACUGGCUCCUGAAAUACAGUUCUCUCUACAUCAGAAAGUCAUAAUGACGGACACAAUGCCAGUCAAAGAUACGUCGAAGUACGUUUUAGAAAUGCGCGGCUGGCUUAAUUGUCAACCACACUUACCCAAGGAUAACAUUGAUGACAAUCUGCUUCUGCGCUUUGUACAUAGCUGUUACUACGAUCUCGAGAAAGCCAAGUCAGCGAUGGAAAGCUUCUUUAACAUCCGAUUGUCAUGCCCCGAACUCCUCGAUGGCAGAGACCCUGAGUCGCCACAAUUUCAGAAAGUUAUGAGUAUCCUGAACAUAGGUCAAAUCCAGACACCCCAGAACGAAUGUAUCUGGAUCUGGCAAUUAAAUGACCCUGGCCUCGACAAUUACGACUAUAUCCAGGACGCAAGAUAUUUUAUGUUAUCAACAGAUGCAUAUUUCAUGACGAACACCUUUCUGCCAGAAGUAGACAUUGUUAUUUUAGACGCGAAAGAUAUGAAUCUCAAAAUGCUAACCAAACUGAAUUUGUCCGUUGCUAGGAAAUUGUCUAAAUAUCAAGAGACAGCACUACCGAUCCGUUUGAAACAAGUGCAUGUAAUUAACGCCCCGGCAUCCAUAGAUAAGAUUUUCGGUUUAUUAAAACCGUUUCUCAAAAAGGAAUUGACUGAUUUGGUCCACUUUCACGCUCCAAAAUCGAACGGCCUAUAUAAAUUCGUGGAAAAGGAAAAUUUACCUACAGACUAUGGCGGAGUACAACCCUCGAUGGCUGAACAGCAUCUGAAAGUUAUUUCUAUCAUUAUGAGCAAAAGAAAAGAACUGAUGAUCCAAUCUCUAUGGCGAGCGCAACCCACAGAUAAGAAAAAAGUUAAUAGUUCAAGCUCUUCUAUAUCUUCAUUUAGAGCGUUAGCCAUAGACUAAUAAAUAGUAAACAGAAACAAUUUAUAAAUGAUCCAGUAGCCAAUUUGCACUGUUUUAAAAUUUUAUGUCUCCACAUUAUAUUUUGUAUAAACUUUAUUUCAGUCAAAUUUUGUUAUCCCUACGCAAAUUUUCAAAUACUUUUAUGUAAUCUAGUAUUUCCAUACAUUUUUCCUUUUUUUGACCGUUUGUAAUCAUUGGAUUUUAAUGUAAUACAAAUAAAUAUAAAUAAUAAUUCUUAAGAGCUAUUUUUGAAGAAAAAGAAAAUCUAAAAGUCUAUGGCUCGUAUUCUUUCUGCAUGAAAUUUGACAUAUUUUUCUGCGCUCAAGACGAGAUUGUGACUUGAGAUACGAGACCUAUGUCUCGUAUAUACAGAUGAUAAAGCUAAAUUAGCCAAUAUAUGGCGCUAUAUAAUGGUAAGGGACCAAGGUGUGGUAUGUGGAAGUAUGAACGUACGAUUGUAAACGUUUUAAAUAAUAAAUAAAAAUACAGUUUAGUAUUUCAAUUUUUUUGGCACUAUGGAAUAUUUUACACGCAUUUAUAAAUUUAUUUAGCUUUAGUUCUUAAAUUUAAAAAAAGUGGUGAAAUUUUAUUAAAAUUAUUGAAUGCUGGGUUUUUAUAUUUAUUCUUUGUGCUUUUUAGUGUAGGAAUUAUAAUCUAUGAUGUCUUAAUACUAUGAACUAUUGAGAUUCAUUUUAUUUCCGUUUUACCUGGAAAGUUCAUGAAUAAUACCUGUAAUGAGUAUGUAUAAUAUAAUCAUGUUGUGACUUAAAUAGAUGAUUGUAUACAUUUUGCAUAAUUGUUAAUUUAAAAGUUUACAAAUCGUUACAAUUACAUAAGGGUAUUUGAAUAUAAAUCCUGUAUCUACAUAUCUUGCUAUUAGACCUUAGACGUGGUGACAAAUGCAUUUAAAUGUGUAUUUAAUUGACAAUUGUAAUCUACAUAAGACUCAGUGGAAGUGCACUGACUCUCUU